CUCUCUCUCAGAUAUCAUUGGAUCAUAGUCUCUCUCUGCAAGAAUGAAAAUUUAGUGGAGCCUUCAAGAAGAAGCCGAAGCCCCCAGAAGCAGAAGCAGAUACCAGUUUGUUGUGAAGAAAGCUCUCUGCUUUUGGGGUUGGGGUUUCUACAUCUUGGAGGAAAAUGUUGAUGCAAGGAGACUUUGAUCUAAAUUCGCUACAAGCGAAUACCGGUUCUGUGAAAGAUGUCUUGAGGAACACAAUGGUGAAGCAGGAGCGGGUAUUUAAAGACCAGGUUCGUGAACUCCACCAUCUGUAUAGGACACAGAGGUCACUUAUGCAGAAUCUCAACUGUAAAGAGUAUCAUAGAUACAAUGUCAGCAACGCGAGUGCUAAGUCAAAUCUGUCCGAUUGGACAAAUUCUACUAGAGAUGAACAAAGGGACUUGCUUGAUGGACACAAGAAUGUAUGCGAUAAGUUUCAGCCGAGGACUGCUGGUCUUAGACAUCCCUUGGAUCCGUGCAACAAACAAAUUGAUCCAGUGGAGCUGAAGCUUUCUCUGAGAACUCGAGAGGACGGCAAGAGGGAGGGGACGACCAAGAGAAAUUUGUUUGAUGUAGGAUCUCAUUCCUCCUCACCAAUUGUCAUUGAUUUAGAAGAUGAUGAAAGUGACAGGAAUCCCUUAGAUCACGGAUUAAAUAGAUGUUCUGGAGGUAUCUCAAUUAACAAGUUAUCCACCAGGAGCCAGAAAUUCAGUUUAUAUGAAGCAGGGCUUUUUGACCUUAAUAAGACCCAGCCUGAUGAUUCUUCCUGUCUCUCAAAUGAUCCUAUGCCAGUCCAUCCUUCAACAGCGAGCUCAACCCUUGCUUUCAGUGGGUUAGCUGACAAGAUAAAAUAUGGCACUGUUUGUUUCUCUACUGAGAAAAAGGAUUGUGGUGAAAAUCUUUCUUCCCCGAAAUCCACUAGGGGAAAUGAGAAGGCAGAAUAUAUGAGCAGGAAGUUGAGAGUUAACGCAUUCACAAAAUGUGAAAUGAACCGUGUAGCGUUGGAGACAGCUAAAUCAGACCUUUGUGAAGCAGUUGGCUGCAGCAGGAAUGGCCCUAAAAAUGGAACUGAUGGGUUCGUCAUGAAACUUCUAAGCAGUGGAACUCAUUCAUGUGCAACUUCUAAUGAAGAAAAUUUGGAGAACACCAAUAUAGAAGACCCUGCAUUUCCAUAUUCUGGUCAUAUGAGAAAAACGAAUCAAGAUGGAUAUGGGAAUUUAUCUUCUUCUGCAAGUAAGCAGAGCUGCAUUGGUGAUAAUGAUUUAGGUAGUGCGAACAGUAUACUAUCUGGGGUUGAAUUAGGAAACUUGAACCCUUUUGCUCUUGAUCAGUUUUCAGCAACACAUGUAGGGUCUCAAGUUUCAGAAACAUCUAUGGGUGAGCAGGACCAAAGAUCUUCUGACAGUAGUGAAUCUAACCACAAAUUCGUCAACAGGGAAGAAGAAUCAGCUGCAAUGGAUGGUUUGACCAGAGAGGCAGCUGAAGCACUUUUCAAAAUGUCAUUGGAGAGCUCCGUUUGUUAUGAAGACUGUGCUGGCAAAGUAGGAGAAUUGAAUAAGAUCGAAAAGGAGAGUGAGACACAACAGUAUUCUUGUGAUUUUUUUGAGUUGAUGACACUAACACUUACUGAAAGCAGUGUGGAUGAUUAUUCUGUGUCUUCAAAUCCUUCUGAAGUAAGUCUCUCAGAAGCGAAGGAUGUCGGUUUAAAGUUGAGAAGGGGAAGGAGAUUGAAAGAUUUUCAGAAGGAUAUACUUCCUGGUCUGGCAUCUCUUUCCAGGCAUGAAAUUCGCGAAGAUAUAAACAUUAUGGAGGGAGUUUUAAGGUCGAGAGAGUACAAGAGAUUACAAGCCAAAAUGGCUGAUGGUCACGCUCACGGCUGGUGUACUCCUGUCAGAAACAAACGUUCGCGACUAAACCAUGUUACACGGAGGAAAAAAUUGUCAAGCGAAGAUUCUUGAAGUGCCCGAGAUUUGAACAAGUAUCGUCUCUUUGAUGAUUUACUGCAUGACUUUUAGCUAGUAUGAUUUAGUAAUACAUGUUCUGAUCUUAGUUUUAGUGCUGGUGAUCGGAUAAACAUUUCUCACAAGACAUGCAAUAUGCAAGCAUGUCCUUUGUUUCAGAUCUCUCCACUUUAAAAGACAAAAGAAAUCAAAAGAGAUGGGUUCACAAA